UUCCUUUAAGCCAACGCUCCUCAUUUCUCUCCCAAAACUCCUUUCUUUCCCUUAUACAAUUGUAGGGACAUCUUGCUCCUCCUUCUACCGACACUUUUCCUUGUCUUUCUCCUUUUUUUUAAUAAAUAAAUCCACCCUCUCCUUCUUCAUCAUAUAUAAAAUUAAACCUUGCAUACUUGUUUUUUCCAUCUCCAAAGUCUUCAACAUUAUCUGAAUCAGUGAGAAGAUGGAAAACAGUGUGGCAUAUCAGACUGAUCUUAACUUGAAGGCUACUGAGCUUAGAUUGGGACUUCCAGGGACAGAGGAAACACUUCUUUCUGUUUCUGUUAAAAACAACAAAAGACCAUUGAUUGAAACUUCCAAAGAGUGUGAUUCAAAAAGUUCUAACACUGAUGCAGCACCUCCUUCAAAGGCUAAAAUAGUGGGGUGGCCACCAAUAAGAUCUUAUAGGAAGAACAGCUUGCAAGAGGCUGAGGCUUCUGGGAUCUAUGUGAAAGUGAGCUUGGAUGGAGCUCCUUACCUUAGAAAGAUUGAUUUGAGGGUCUAUGGAGGUUACUCACAACUCCUCAAAGCUUUGGAAAAUAUGUUCAAGUUAACCAUAGGUGACUACUCUGAAAAAGAAGGUUAUAAAGGAUCUGAUUAUGAACCUACUUAUGAAGACAAGGAUGGUGAUUGGAUGUUAGUUGGAGAUGUUCCAUGGGACAUGUUUGUGACUUCUUGCAAAAGACUAAGAAUCAUGAAAGGAUCAGAAGCUAGAGGUAUAGGAUGUGGUGUUUAGUUCCUAUGCAAAAGAGAAGAAGUGUUUUGGUGUGAAGGGAAGAAAAAAGAAAGAACCUAACAGCUUGUGUUCUCGGAAAGAACUAAUGAGUUUUUGAAUCACUGUAGUGUAUGCUAUGCUAUAAGCAUACCUAUCUGAAGUUGUGCUCUAAGGAAGGGAAAUGGAAGAUACAGUGCAGUUUCUUAGUUUCCUCAAACAUUUAUUUCAUUCUGGUUACUUUUAGCAUUCAGGGUUGGAUGCUAUUCAAUCAUGUUAUUUCCACUGAUUUUUUUUUUUCUACAUGUUUCAAAUGAGAAAUCUCAUAGAGAUUUGCUUCAUGUGAAAGGGAUAGAAAAGGGUGAUGUUAUAGACUAUUAUUGUUUAAUUAUCCAAGUUUUUUUUCUUGUAUUGAUGCAAGAAUACAGUGUAAUAUACUACUACUCAAGUGUUGUUGUAUAAAUUUGUUAUAUUGAAUGGACUUCAAAUUAAGCAUGUGCCUUUAA